AAAAAAAAAGUCAUUUGAUGUGAUACGUAAUUUUUGACGGAACCUUUGUUGGUAACAAUUUUAUGUUAUUUAUAAAAGUGCAUCUAAAAUGGUUGAUCCAAUAUUCGACUACCAGUUCAGGCUUAUCCUAAUCGGAGACAGUACAGUGGGCAAGAGUUCGUUGCUGAAAUAUUUCACAGAUGGAAAGUUCGCAGAGUUGUCGGACCCGACGGUGGGGGUAGAUUUCUUCGCUAGAAUAAUAGACGUGCAAGACGGAACGAGAAUUAAAUUGCAGCUAUGGGACACUGCUGGUCAGGAAAGAUUUAGAUCUAUAACGAAGUCGUAUUAUAGAAACUCAGUCGGUGCGCUGCUAGUGUACGACGUAUGUAACAGAUCAAGUUUCGAGCACAUACCGCUGUGGAUGAUGGAGGCCAAGAGGCACAUAGAGCCGCACAGGCCAGUGUUUGCCUUAGUGGGGUGUAAAAUCGACCUUGUAGGAACAGACAACAAGAACGGUGCUAGAAGGGAAGUGUCUUGUGAAGAAGCCAGAAUGUUUGCUGAGGAAAAUGGUCUUCACCAUGUAGAGACAUCAGCAAAGUCAGGCACAAAUGUAGAAGAAGCCUUCGUACUUGUGGCGCAAGAAGUGUACAACCGCAUCCAGACAGGAGAAUACAAGGUGGAGGAUGGCUGGGACGGAAUCAAGACGGGAUUCAACCGGCCCAACGGGAUGGACUUCAACCUCCUCGAGGCCGAAACCGUCCAGUCAACUUGCUGUUAGAAUGUAAAUAUUAGGGUGUCCCUGGUUUUAUGAUUUUUUUUAUUGUGCUACUUUUCUACAUUUCUGCUAUUUCCACACAGUCUCAAAUACAAUUUCAAGUCACAACAAUACAAUUUCAACUUAAAGAAGUUUAACUGUGUGAUUCUCCCGUACAACUCUUGGAAACUAAACACAUUUUCCAAAGAAACCACAUAGGCAUAUUUCUUCAAGUUAGGCAUGGUUCCUGCUACAGGAAUUACUAAUAUAUUCUAGAGCAGAUUGGGGAACCUAAUUUUGAAGAGGGUAUACAUUAAUAUUUGAAAUCGUAAAAUAAGGGAGACCAUAGUAAAUAUUGACGGUAGCAUAGCUCAUGUAACGCAUAAGCAUAAUUUUAUAACAUUCAAUUAAUUAAGGUUUAGAGCGAAGUUAUUUAUAGUGCACUACAUUGUAAUGCAUUUGUGGCCACUUAGUCGUUGAUCUGCAAUACUCAAAUUGAAUUGGUUAUUUUAUCCCAUAGCCUCCUAGGCUCACAAUCUACAUAAUAUGUAUAGUAUUAAUUGGGCAUUGGAGUUUUUAUCACUGGUAAGAUGUCAGCGAGAUAUGAAGUCGACAUUAGACGUAAAUCAAGCCCAUAUUCAAACUACAAUUUUGCUACAAGCGGCGUAGUUUAAGCGUCACAAAAUCGGCUUCAUCUAAAUCUACCAAUAUUCUGAGGCCUAGUAAUAAACGCAAUGUUUUUUUUGUUGUGAUUCCAAUAGUUGUAUUUUUCAUUUGUUUCAUAUUUGAACAAAAUAAAAUCAUUUUAAUUUUUUUUUACACUUUCGCCAACUUUUUUUUUCGUUUAGUUGGGCCUUAGGAGGUUAGAUAAAAGUGGUGUUGGUCUCAAAUUUGUACGCCAUAAAGCCUAAACCGAGAACCAAAGAAAAAAAUGUUGUUAACUUGAUCUUUUGUUGAAUUUUGAAGUCAGUACUAAUACUAACAUUCUAAUAAUUAUAAUUUUACAUUUUACGUAAGUCAAAUUUAAUAUACCUGAAUAUAUUGUACCUGGAACAUUGUAAUUUUAAUGUUAACGAUGCAUAAAUAAAUUAAGGAAAAGUAAAA